AUGAUUCCUUUUCAAGUCCUCCAACUCAACAAGGAUAACUACAACAAUUGGAGCAUAAGGAUGAAAGCAUUGCUCGGGUCGCAAGAUGCAUGGGAGAUCGUAGAGAAAGGCUACAUGGAGCCACAAGACGAGUUUGCUCUAUCCCAAGCACAAAGGGAUAGUUUGAAGGAUGCAAGGAAGAAGGACAAGAAGGAGCUCACCCUCAUAUAUCAAGCCUUAGAUGAAGGCAUGUUCGAAAAAGUAGCUUGUGCUACUACGAGUAAGGAAGUAUGGGAGAUCUUGCAAAACUUCCACAAAGGAGUUGAGAAGGUGAAAAAGGUUCGACUUCAAACACUUCGAGUUGUAGCCAUUGAGGAAUCUAAAGAUCUAGAUAGUAUGAGUGUCGAUCAACUCAUGGGAUCUUUACAAGCCCAUGAGGAAAGACUAAGGAAGAAGGAAGGUUCGAUAGUAGAAGAAGCCAAAGAGAAAGAGGACGAGGCCAAGAUCGAGGAAGAAUUGCAUUCUACAAGGAGGAAAGAAGAUAAAGUUCAUUUUCUACCAGAGGUCGUGGAAGAGGAAAAUGGACGAGGCAAAAUGAAGGACCAAAAAUGUAGAAAUAUUACUAACCAAGUUGAGGAGAAAGCUAACGACGCUUAUCAGGAAAGUGAAGUAGAUCCUGUACUACUGUUGGCUUACAAAGGUGAAGAGAGCAGAGAAAAGAAUACUUGA